AUGAGCGAGUCAAGCAUCGUUGCUUUGCUGAACUCGUUCCCAUCGGACGGCAGCGAAGACGCGCUGCGGGGCGCGUUAGCAGGCUACCUGGCCAGGGAUCUUCGGACAGCAUGCUCCAGCCUCCGAAUCCAGCCGCAAGGGAAAGCUCGCUCAAAUCAAAACAACAAAGCCGGCUAUAUUACGCUGCUGUGUGAAUACUGGCAGGCUCGUCAAGAUGGCGUCGCUGUCACGGCUUCCGACCCGCCAAAGCCGGACGUACCGUCAGCUUCCACCCGUCGGACGAAGCACUGCUUUUUCCGUUUGGCGAACGUGAUUUUCAGUGAAAGCUUUGCCGUGCGGCCCCACGAAAUGGAUGCCAGUCCGUCACGUUAUGCGCUAGAUGUCGGUGCAGUCAAUGCUUACAACAACUUCUGGCAGGACGUCGAAGCUGCUUUUGCUUCGAAGAACCCGGAGUUUGACUCUCUGGUUGUGAAUCGCGUGGAGUACGCAGGGAUUAAUCCCAGCCUUGCGCCUCAACACUAUGCAGUGAAACUUCGUGAGAUGUGGCGGAUGGCUACGGGCAACUACACUACAAGUCUGGCAAAUUCGCGUCAAUCGGGGACACACACCAGCGACUUUUUCGACUUCUGCGCGGGAAAACUUGAGGCGCUGUACUUGCAUGACUGGCUGCGCCGCCGACCGUCCAUGCUUUCAACGGUUGAGCGGAAGCUACCGAAACGAGCUCGCCUGGAUACCCUCGAGAGCAGCGGCGAGAUCGAUAGCACUGCGGCUGCUGGCAAUGACCAAAAUGUGUCUACACCGGCUAAGAAGAGACUCAAAGUGCUAGAUCGUAUUGCAGACCUACUGGAAAGCCAGAAGCAUGCUGAGCAAGAGUCCAACCUGUCGUCUUCGCUGCAAAAGGCUCGGGUGGUGAAGGAAUGGGCUUCUGCCAUUGAGAUUUUGACGCGUACUGGCGACGCAUCGGACACUGUGCAUUCCAUUCGUGCCGCAAUCGACAAGGUCAUGAAGUCGGCCGCCGCCGAGCUUGCUGAAGAGCAUCAAGAUGCGGAAGGCGACGAGGCUUUGCUUGGAGAUAGCCCCGUCGAGAUGUAG